UAAUUAAUGGUUUAAAGCCAGUAGCUUCCCAUAACUAACUAGAACCAUUGAAGAGAUCAUUUCUACUGAAAUUACCCCUUGGGGUGCUUGCCAACCCAAUAGACUACCAAUGCUAAUCCAGGAGACCCAAGUCCCUCUUCCUGUCCUCCAAAAUGGCUCAUUGUACCACCACUUCCUGUCCAGGGAGGAAGUAAUUUUAGUCCAAGGACAGAAAUCUAAGCCAGCCCUUUCCAACAAAAGCAACCAAUAAUUUCUCUUUUGGCUUAGAAAGGGUGUCUGAACCAGAUGGAGUUAAGUUGCCCCCUCCACAGAAGGGAGUUGGCUGAAGAUAGUGGUGAUGGGGAGUAAGCUCCCUUUAGAUGGAGGCUCCCUUUUUUUUGGGUGGAAAUGAAGGGGUGGGUCUAUGGUACAUCACCUGAGUUGUGGGGUAAAUGUAGAGAGUGUCAAUCAAAGGCAGAGCUCAGAGCUGGGAAGAAAGCUCUAGAUGGCGGCUGUGCCUUGGAGAGCGCGCUGAGCUUCCUGCCUUUUUUUUUUCCUCCCCUCCGCCACUUUUGCGCAACUUUGUCUAACUUUUGGGCGUCCUCAAGGGGCUCCUGCGGCCCCUGGUCUCUCGUGGAGGCCGGUGCAGGGGGGAUCGAGCGUUUUUCGGGCAGAAAAGGAGCUUUGGGGGACUCUCUUCCUUCGCCUGGUUAGAAAGAAGCAGCCCAGGUCGUUGUUUUUCCCAGCUUGGAAGCCAUGGCGUACCUCCAUUUUUGUGCGCUCUCCUAAUGAGCUUUUCCUCCGGAUCUUUUUUUCCCCCCUCCUUUUAUUCUUUUAUGGCUUUAAUGAUUGCCUUUGGCGAUUAAACGAAUGCGGAUCGUUUGGGAUUAAAUUCGGAUGUGUUAUUUUUUAAAAAGAAACGGGAUUUUUUUUUUUCUGCGUUACCUUUGAAAUGUUCCGAAGCUAAUGUUUUCCCACGACCCGAAACUAUUAUCGGGUUGGACCUGGCGCUGGAGCCUGGAUCAGUAAAUACCUGGCCACAGGACUUCAAAGCAAACCCAGCCAUCCCUGUACCUUUCUCUUAACAUUUAAGAAUUUAAAGAUGAUGAGAAAUACGGACAAAAGCCAAGGAGAGGAGGGUUCAGUCCACAGCCAUGCAUCGAGUCACUCAGCAUCUGAAGAGGCCUCGGGUUCUGACUCGGCGAGCCAGUCAGACAGUGAGCAGGGCACUGACCAUGGGAGUGAAUCCAACAGCAGCACCGAGUCCUCGGGGAGCCAAUACGAAUCAGAGAGCGAGUCCACAGGAUCCAAGUCUCAGCAGACCCCUCCAGAAGCUAAAGAGAAACCAGCGUCCAAGAAAGAAAGGCUAGCCGAUGUCAAAAAAAUGUGGGAAGAAUAUCCUGAUGUUUAUGGGGUGAGGCGAUCGAACCGUAGCAGGCAGGAGCCUUCGCGUUUUAAUAUAAACGAUGAGGGGAAUAGCGAAUCUGAAAGUGAAAGUCCCAAAAGAAGAGGGCCGAAACAAGUGAGGAAAAUAGAUAAAUGGAAAAGGGAGGGAUCUGGGGAUGAUGGUGAAGAUGAUGUUGAAGAUCAAGGCUCCAGUGGAGAGAGCGAGCCAGAGCAGAAGAAAGUGAAAUCCAGGAGGCCUGCUUUGAGGAGAGCAGUGGGCAAAUCCAUCGCAAAGAAGGUCACCAAACUCCAGCGUGGGAAGAGGCGGAGGAAGACUGAGUCAUCAGAGGAAGAAGAAGAUGAUGAGGAUGAUGAGGCCCCCAAAAGACAAACUAGGCGCCGAGCAGCCAAAAAUGUCAGUUACAAGGAAGACGAUGACUUCGAGACUGACUCGGAUGACCUGAUUGAGAUGACGGGCGAAGGGGCAGAGGAGCAGCAGAGUAACAGCGAGACCAUUGAGAAAGUGAUAGACAAGAGGUUGGGAAAGAAAGGAGUCACUGGGGCCUCCACUACCAUCUAUGCAACAGAAGCCAACGGUGAUCCCUGUGCCGAUUUUGAUCCGGAAAAGGAGGAAGGGGAGGUUCAAUAUCUGAUUAAAUGGAAAGGCUGGUCCUAUAUCCACAGCACAUGGGAAAGCGAGGAGUCCUUGCAGCAGCAGAAAGUGAAAGGCCUCAAGAAGCUGGAGAACUUCAAGAAGAAAGAAGAAGAGAUCAAGCACUGGCUGGGGAAAGUGACUCCCGAAGACAUUGAGUAUUACAAUUGCCAGCAGGAACUGGCGGCUGAGUUGAACAGCCAGUACCAGAUUGUGGAAAGAGUGAUCGCUAUGAAAACAAACAAAUCACCAACUCCUGGAACUGAAUUUCCAGCUCACAACCGCAAGUCCUGCUCAAAUGAACCAGAAUACCUUUGCAAGUGGAUGGGGCUUCCAUACGCAGACUGCAGCUGGGAAGACGAGGCUUUGAUAAGCAAAAAAUUCCAGCACUGUAUCGAUAGCUUCAACAGUAGGGACAACUCCAAAGCCAUGCCUACCCGGGACUGCAAGGUGCUGAAGCAAAGACCUCGCUUUGUUGCCUUGAAGAAGCAACCUUGCUACAUCGGUGGGGAGAAUCUGGAGCUUCGGGACUAUCAACUGGAAGGCCUAAAUUGGUUGGCUCACUCCUGGUGCAAGAACAACAGUGUCAUCUUGGCGGAUGAGAUGGGCUUGGGCAAGACCAUCCAGACCAUUUCUUUCCUCUGCUACCUCUUCCAUCAGCACCAGCUCUAUGGGCCCUUCCUGAUCGUGGUGCCCUUGUCAACCCUGACCUCGUGGCAGAGGGAGUUUGAGAUCUGGGCCCCAGAGAUCAACGUGGUUGUCUAUAUUGGAGAUCAGAUGAGCAGGAACGCUAUCCGCGAGUAUGAAUGGGUCCAUUCUCAGACCAAGCGACUGAAGUUCAACGUGCUGAUUACGACCUACGAGAUCCUUCUGAAAGACAAGACCGUUCUGGGGAGUAUCAGCUGGGCCUUCCUAGGUGUGGAUGAAGCCCAUCGCUUGAAGAACGAUGAUUCCUUGCUGUACAAGACACUGAUUGACUUCAAGUCCAACCACCGCCUGCUCAUCACUGGGACACCCCUUCAGAAUUCCCUGAAAGAACUGUGGUCACUGCUGCAUUUCAUCAUGCCAGAGAAGUUCGAAUCCUGGGAAGACUUUGAAGAGGACCACGGGAAGGGGCGAGAUAACGGGUACCAGAGCCUGCAUAAAGUCCUGGAGCCAUUUCUGCUGCGCAGGGUGAAGAAGGACGUAGAGAAGUCCCUCCCAGCCAAAGUGGAGCAAAUCCUGCGGGUGGAGAUGUCUGCCCUCCAGAAGCAGUAUUACAAGUGGAUUUUAACCAGGAAUUACAAAGCACUGUCCAAGGGGACUCGGGGCAGUACCUCCGGCUUCCUGAACAUUGUGAUGGAGCUGAAGAAGUGUUGCAACCACUGUUACCUGAUCAAGCCGCCAGAGGAGAAUGACAAGGAGAACAGCCAGGAGCUGCUGCUGUCUUUAAUCAGGAGCAGCGGGAAACUCAUCCUUUUGGACAAACUGCUCACCAGGCUACGUGAGAGGGGAAACCGAGUCCUCAUUUUCUCCCAGAUGGUGAGAAUGUUGGACAUCUUGGCAGAGUACCUGGCCAUCAAGCACUACCCUUUUCAGCGCCUGGACGGAUCCAUCAAGGGAGAGAUCCGAAAGCAGGCCCUCGAUCAUUUCAACGCCGAAGGCUCAGAGGACUUCUGCUUUCUACUGUCCACACGAGCUGGUGGCCUGGGGAUCAACUUGGCAUCGGCUGACACCGUGGUGAUCUUUGAUUCAGACUGGAACCCCCAGAAUGACCUACAGGCUCAGGCCCGGGCUCACCGGAUUGGGCAGAAGAAACAGGUAAACAUCUAUCGCUUGGUUACAAAGGGGACAGUGGAAGAGGAGAUUAUAGAAAGGGCCAAGAAGAAGAUGGUGCUGGACCAUCUCGUGAUACAGCGGAUGGACACCACAGGCCGGACAGUUCUGGAUAAUAGUUCUGGCAGAUCCAAUUCAAAUCCAUUCAACAAGGAGGAACUGACCGCCAUCUUGAAGUUUGGAGCUGAAGACCUUUUCAAAGAAGCAGAAGGGGAAGAAUCUGAACCUCAGGAAAUGGACAUUGAGGAAAUCUUACGCCUGGCCGAGACACGGGAAAACGAAGCGUCCGCAAGCGCAACAGACGAACUGCUCUCACAGUUUAAGGUAGCAAACUUUGCCACAAUGGAGGAGGAAGAAGCAGAGCUGGAGGAGAAAUCUCAGAAGGAUUGGGAUGAUAUCAUUCCUGAGGAGCAGAGGAAGAAAGUGGAAGAAGAGGAACGGCAGAAGGAACUGGAGGAGAUAUACAUGCUGCCCAGGAUUCGUAGCUCGGCCAAAAAGGCCCAGCCCAAUGACAGCGAUUCUGAUGUCGACAUAAAGAGAAAGCUGCAGAGGUCAUCUGGUUCGGAGAGUGAGACAGAGGACUCCGAUGAUGACAAAAGGCCCAAACGCAGAGGGCGGCCUCGGAGUGUUCGGAAGGACAUGGUGGAAGGAUUCACGGACACUGAAAUCAGGAGGUUCAUCAAGGCGUAUAAGAAGUUUGGAGUUCCUUUGGAGCGACUGGAAUGCAUUGCUCGGGAUGCUGAACUGGUGGACAAAUCUGUAGCUGAUCUGAAACGCUUGGGAGAGCUUCUCCAUAACAGUUGUGCUUCAGCCAUGCAGGAGUAUGAAGAACAGCUGAAGGAGAAUCCAACUGAAAACAAAGGGCCAGGGAAGAGGAGGGGCCCCACAAUUAAGAUCUCUGGGGUCCAGGUGAAUGUGAAAGCGAUUAUUCAGCAUGAGGAGGAGUUUGCAAUGCUCCACCAGACCAUUCCCACUGACUCAGAGGAAAGGGCAAGGUUCUGUCUGACCUGUCGUGUCAAAGCUGCCCAUUUUGAUGUGGACUGGGGAGUGGAAGAUGACUCCCGCUUGCUGCUGGGAAUUUACGAGCACGGGUACGGGAACUGGGAGCUCAUCAAGUCGGACCCAGAACUGAAACUCACCAACAAGAUUUUACCCGUUGAGACAGAUAAAAAGCCACAGGGGAAGCAGCUCCAGGCGCGAGUCGAUUACUUGCUGAAACUUCUCAAAAAAGAAAUGGAGAAAGACAGCUUGAAAGAGACAGAAGAGACCAAGAUCAAAAAGAGGAAACCUCGGAUCCGGAAAGAGAGCAAGUCCCCCAAAGGCAAGGAGGAGCAGGGAAAUGAACUCUCUUCUCCGCGGCAUUCAGACAACCAGUCAGAAGAAGGACAGGUCAAGGAGGAUGGGUUGGAUAAGAGUCCCGUGAAGAAGAAACAGAAGAGGAAGGAAAACAAGGAAAAUAAAGAAAAGCAGGCCACAAGCCGAGAAGAAAAGGAAGGGGAGAAAGAGAGGAAGAAAACAAAGGAUAGAAAAGAAAAGUCCAAAGGCAACGAGGCCAAAUCUGGAAGCAAAGGGAAGCGGUCUCAGGGACCUGUCCACAUUACAGCAGGGAGUGAGCCUGUCCCUAUUGGAGAAGAGGAAGAGGAUGACUUGGACCAGGAAACCUUCAGCGUUUGCAAGGAGCGGAUGAGGCCAGUCAAGAAGGCCCUGAAGCAGUUGGAUAAGCCAGACAAGGGGCUUUCAGUGCAAGAGCAGUUGGAGCACACCCGGAGCUGCCUGCUCAAGAUUGGCGACCGUAUCUCGGAGUGUUUGAAAGCCUACUCUGACCAGGAGCUUGUUAAGCUAUGGAGAAGGAAUCUGUGGAUAUUUGUGUCCAAGUUCACGGAAUUUGAUGCCAGGAAGUUGCAUAAGCUGUACAAGAUGGCUCACAAAAAGCGAGCCCAGGAAGAGGAGCAAGAACAGCGGAAGAGGGAGGAGGCAGCGGGUGGCAAGCGGCCCUUUCGCCCAGAGCCUUCUGGGUCCAGUCGGGAUUCCAUGAUGUCUCCCAUCCUCCACAGCCCUCACGCUCAGAGGUUCCACCAACCUCUUCCUCACCCUUCCCAGAUGCAUGGACAUCCACGGGAUAACUACAACCACCCAAACAGAAGGCAUUUCAGCAGUGCAGAACGAGGCGACUGGCAGAGGGAACGCAAAUUUAACUACAGCAGCGCCAAUCAAGUUUGGGGUGGAGACCGUCAUCACCAAUAUGAGCAGCACUGGUACAAGGAGCACCACUACGGGGACCGCCGGAUGCGCGGCGAACCACAUCGGAGCUCGGGAAGCUACCGGCUGAGCAACCUCCCUCGCAAACGCCCCUAUGAGCAGUACAACAGUGAACGGGAUCACCGGGGCCAUCGGGACUACAGGCACCACCAUGAUUCCAAGAGGCGAAGAUCAGAUGAAUUCCGGUCCCAGAAUUAUCACCCACCAGACUUCCGGAGGAUGUCUGACCAUAGACCUCCCAUGGGUUAUCAUGGGCAAGGGCCGUCAGAUCAUUACAGGCCUUUCCACCCAGACAAAUCAGCUGAUUACAAACAGCUCCUUCCCCCUCCUCACUCUCAGCUCUCAGACCCUCGCUCCCCACCCUCUCAGAAAUCCCCACAUGAUGUCAAGUCUCCCCUCGACCAUCGGUCACCUCUGGACAGGCCCUUAGAACAGAAGAACAAUCCAGAGUAUAAUUGGAGUGGCCGAAAAACAUAGAGCCUGAGGCAGAGGCAAAAGGAGGGAGGUAGCAUGAUCCGAGGGAACAACAGAUGCUGGUCCAUCAUGGCUGGAACCAGAGAUUCUGAACACAGUGCUGUAGAGCUCUGGGCCUUAAGGAUUGGGGGAGGAUCAGAGGAACUGGACACACCAAGGGGCUGAAUUUUGGGCCCAGCUUUGCCUCCCAUCAUUACACUGGCUGAACGUUGGGAGCGGUCUUCCCUGCACCAAGGGACCUGUGGAGAACAAGGUCAGGCCCACCCCAGGUUUUGGGGUGAGGAUUUUGUGUGUGUGUGUGUGUGUCUGAAGGCCGACUUGAGAUCUCCUGAACAUUUCAUGAAACCUGGACAGAUGGCUGUGUAAGACACAGACGGAGAAGAAAGCUGUGUGACUCUGGAGUUGAGGUUCAAAUUGCUGCUGAAAGGGGAUGAUAGAGAAGACCUCAGAAACUACACCUGUUGAAUAAAAGCGUGGUGAGAAUGAAUUAUAGAAAGGUAAAACGCUUUUAAUAAGAAUGCCUGGAAAUCUUGCUGAAGACUCCAAAGACUUGGAAAUCUAGGGACUUAGGGUUUCCAGUGCCAGAAAACAAAAGAAAAGAAUGAAUGGUUUGUGAUCUUGUCCCUCCCUUUCACCCCUCCAUGCUUUUCUUUGCCUUAGUGACUUAAUGUUAGUACUUCAGGCAGCACUAUGUGAACCAAGUAGAGCUAUGGACAAAAAACACCUUCUGAAUGGUGGGGAACGUUCACUUUCCCGGUUGUGAAGGAGGGAGAAGGAAAGCUUGUCCCUGGCAUUGGGUAACGUCAGUAUUCACAAAUAGACUCUGGAGCACCUCUUUUUUUCUGCUCUCCUCAUGAUCCCUGGGAACCCAGCUCAUGCAUUUGGCUCGGAGAAAGGAACUAAGGGGAGGGUGCAGCUCAGACAGGAUUCCACGAACAUCCCAAGAUGGUCAACCUAGCACUUCUGGUUAGAAAGGUUCAAAACCCCAGUGGCUGCCAUCCAUUGGAAGGAGCCACGAACGAUCUAAGCAAGAUGAAGGAAGCCCUUCAUUGAGUGAAGACAAACAUGGGAGUUUUGACAGGGAAUUUUUGUACAAAGGUGGCAAAAGUCUGAGUCACAGUUCUACUUGGGUGAUCUUUCUGAGGAACGUCUUUUAAAAAAGCAAAAGGAUCAACUCUGACAGAUCCCCACUGUGUGUGUGUGUGUGUCUGUCUGUCUAUGCGUGUGUGCACACUUGGUCCCAAAUCUGCUGUUUUGGGUUAAAUUAUUGCUCUUAAAAAUGCAAUGGCCAAAUACAUGCUGAAAAGUUGUUUCCGGGGUAGUGGUGGUGGCAUCCCCACGUUCAUCCUCUUCCAAAUGAAUUUUGUGCCCCCACAAUCCAGCAACAACUCUCCUGUGUUUUCUGUGUGGUCAAAAGCCUAAAUUUUUUAUAAGUGCCACUGCCAAGUCAAUUCCUUAAGUGUUAAGCAUUGAAUUUAGCUGGAAGAGAAGGGGUAAAAAAUUAAGCCAAGUGUUUAUGUUCUAGUUUUUGUGAGGGUUGCAUUUCUAUGUUGGUAUGGCUGUGUGCAUGGGUGUCUCAAACACUCUGUUUUUCCUGAUGUGCUAAACUGUGAUUGUAGAAAAUACACUAUGGAGUUUCUUAAAGAAGUCCUUUUAUUUUCACACAGGGUGGUUGGCUGAUAAUGUGAAUUCCAAAUGUAUCUAACAGGGAAGGGAAACCCAAAGAAGUUUACCAUGUUAAUUGAUUAGAAUGGUUAUUAUUUCACUCCUGAGCUCUGACAUGUUCCUGUAAUGUUGAAGUAUAUUUGGGGCCCAUAGUUUUAGGGUUGGGUACUUUUGCAAUGCAGCUGGGAGCAUCAGAUGAAGAAAUAAAUCCAGAAUGUUUCUAAAUUGUCUUCUUGUCGGGGAGGGCAGUGGGGGGGAGAGACCAGAUGAACUUUGGGAUGGUGGGUUGGUGUCAUUAGUAUUGCCUUUUUGCAACGUGUAUCUCCAUUUUCCAACUGCUGGCACCUCUUUGUGGACAUAAUUUUUGGGAACGAGGGAGAAUCAGAAGUGAUUUCUUACUGCUGGUUUUCCCUAGGAAUUGUGUUCACUGCUCGAGGUAAAGUAGAUGGGAUUACAAAAGGCUGGGUGGCAGCGGCAAAUGAAGUCUGGAUUUGUGCCUAGCUUGAUGCAUUUAUGAUGGUUCAUUGAUGGUUUGGGGGGAUGAAGGAGAAGAACUUGUCUGUUGUCUUGUUUCUACCAGCCAUCCAGUUAUAAUGACCCUAUUCAGUGCUGUUGCAUUUCCCCCCAAGAUCUGGGGUAGAAGGACUUUGGUGCAUAAAAUCAUGGACUUAAGGGGGGUGGGGAAAUCCCUUUGACUAAAGAGAAGAAUACAGUAAUUAAUAUUAAUUUAUAUUUGUGACAAAAGAUUUGCCACUGUCUGAGAGAUUUCUGAUGUAAAUAUAUUGUUUAUAAAGUAUGUAUUAAAUUUUCCUACAUUGUUAAGCGCCUGUACUUUGGAUUCUUGUACAUUAAAAGGUGAGAGA